UCCAAGCCGCCCCAGUCGGCCCUGGGCGAGCCGUGCUGGAGCAGCGAGGCGGCCACGCUCUGCGCGGCGGUGACCGGGCCUCGGGGUCUCCAGCCCGCCUGCCAUCUCGGCUGAUGCUGAGGGUCCGUGCCCAUCCCGCGCCGAGGGGACCCGGCCGGGCCGCCAAGCCAGGCCGGGGGCCAGAGCCCGUGUCCGAGCCUGAGCCCGAGCCUGCGCUCGCAGCGCUUGUCAGAAGUUAAGGUCUGCGCGGGGCGGCCAUUGGCGGCGGAGUGUCACGUGACCGCGGGGGCGUGCCAAUGUGCGCCCUCACGGGUGUCAAACCCCUGUCAGAGUGUGCGAUCAAGAUCGUGAAACAACGCGAUGCAAAAAGCGACCUACUACGACAGCUCGGCGAUCUACGGUGGCUACCCCUACCAGGCAGCCAACGGGUUCGCUUAUAAUGCCAAUCAGCAGCCGUACCCGGCGUCCGCCGCUUUGGGCGCCGACGGCGAGUACCACCGACCCGCCUGCUCCCUCCAGUCUCCCUCCAGCGCCGGGGGCCACCCCAAGGCACACGAACUGAGUGACGCGUGCCUGCGCACCCUGAGCGCCCCACCUAGCCAGCCUCCAAGCCUGGGCGAGCCGCCCCUGCACCCGCCGCCGCCCCAGGCCGCGCCCCCUGCCCCACAGCCGCCUCAGCCCCCACCUCAGCCCCCUGCACCUACCCCUGCCGCGCCCCCGCCUCCCUCUUCUGUCUCCCCUCCUCAGAAUGCCAGCAACAACCCUACCCCUGCCAACGCGGCCAAGAGCCCCCUGCUCAACUCACCCACAGUGGCCAAACAAAUCUUCCCCUGGAUGAAAGAGUCUCGACAAAACACAAAGCAGAAAACCAGCAGCUCCAGCUCAGGCGAAAGCUGCGCUGGCGACAAGAGCCCGCCGGGGCAGGCUUCGUCCAAGCGCGCGCGCACGGCCUACACGAGCGCGCAGCUGGUGGAGCUGGAGAAAGAGUUCCACUUCAACCGCUACCUGUGCCGGCCGCGCCGGGUGGAGAUGGCCAAUCUGCUGAACCUCACUGAGCGCCAGAUCAAGAUCUGGUUCCAGAAUCGCCGCAUGAAGUACAAAAAGGAUCAGAAGGGCAAGGGCAUGCUAACGUCAUCGGGGGGCCAGUCUCCAAGUCGCAGCCCCGUGCCCCCCGGAGCCGGUGGCUAUCUGAACUCUAUGCAUUCGCUGGUCAACAGCGUCCCGUAUGAGCCCCAGUCGCCCCCGCCCUUCUCCAAGCCCCCCCAGGGUACCUACGGGCUGCCCCCCGCCUCCUACCCUGCGUCCCUGCCCAGCUGCGCACCCCCGCCACCCCCACAGAAGCGCUACACGGCGGCAGGGGCGGGCGCAGGGGGCACCCCCGACUAUGACCCGCACGCUCAUGCCCUGCAGGGCAACGGCAGCUAUGGGACCCCACACAUACAGGGAAGCCCCGUCUUCGUGGGGGGCAGCUAUGUGGAGCCCAUGAGCAACUCCGGGCCAGCCCUCUUUGGUCUAACUCACCUCCCCCACGCUGCCUCGGGCGCCAUGGACUAUGGGGGUGCCGGGCCGCUGGGCAGCGGCCACCACCACGGGCCGGGGCCUGGGGAGCCGCACCCCACCUACACGGACCUUACCGGCCACCAUCCUUCUCAGGGAAGAAUUCAGGAAGCACCCAAGCUCACCCACCUGUGAUAGUGGGCUUGGGGCUACGCGCCAGGAGAGUCUCCCCCCACCCACCUUUUUUCUUUGGUUGCUUUUUUUUUUUUUUUUUUUUAAGGUUCUUCCUGCCCUUUCCUUCCUUCCUUUUCUCUCUUCUCCGCCCCGCACUCCGUUUCCCGGUUUCCCCCCUCGUUGGUAAGGCGUUUUUAUAGUUUAUGUGACGUAGCAAUCUUGGUUGCUGGAAUGGCUGUAUCAUAGCGAUAUUUAUCUCUUCCUGCUCCUCGAUAGGCCACUGGCCCUGCACCCUUUACCUUCUCCACUCUUUGAUCAGAAACAGGGUAUAUGAACAAAUUUUCUAGUCGAGUUUUCAACGUGAAUUUGUUCGUACAUUAUGGCUCCCGAGGGGAAGCGAUUACUUUUUUUAAUUUUAAUUUUUUUUUAAUUGCACUUCUUGUAAAGAGUGAGAAAAAAAAUCAAAGGCGCUUUGAAACAGGGGCUCUCUGUGCAAGGAUGACUAAGUGUACGUCUUUCCGUGUGUGUAUGCUGGUGAACAGUCAGAUUUAUUUAUAUUUUUUUGCAAGCAUUGAAUAAUCUAAGUUUUAAAUAUUAUUUAUCCCCAUCCGUUCGUAUUUAUAUUAAAGAAUUCUGUACCCUGAUGGUUCAGAAGGGUUCUUGGGCCUUUUGUUCAAUUGUGUAUUGGCGUACUUAGAAUUUUUUUUUAUUUGAAAGAGAAAUAUAAUUCCUUUAAACGGUAAUGAUGCAAUAAAACCAGAGAAGAUCCAGCUUUUGAAAACAGUGAUUUAGGUUUGUAACAUCCGGCAAAACUGAAAAAAAAAAAUCUGUAAACGCGAAAAAUACUAGAUUUGUUUUGAGAGUUCUACAUUCCUUGCUGCUCACAUUCUGAGAAACAAAAAGAAAUAAAGUUUUUAUUCUGAAUAA